AAGCGACGUGCCUCUCAUUGGCUACCGGCCCUUGCAGCCUGACACCCCGAGCCCCCAAUCACGGAGGCGGAGCGGCGUCAGCGAAUCGGAAACUUCACAGGUGAUGCAUGCUCGGGGGCCGGACUUAGCUCCAGCUUCAGGUGUGUCUUUGUGAGCCACAGACUGUUGAGGGGCAAAGCCGCGAAGAGGUGAACACACAGAUCCAGGUCAACAGAGGGAAACAGCAGUCGGGUACAGAAAGAGCAAGAGAGAGAAAAGAGGGAGCAACAGAUGAGAGAAAAUGGAGAAAAUAAUGAGAACGCCGUUGGUCCCUUUAUCCUAAAGAUUUCCAGGAAGCUCAGGGAUCGCUACCUGCCUGGACUUGCAGUGGGAAAGGUAACUUGUGGGGCCGAUUUCUUUCUCUCUUCUUCUUUUUGUGUACUUGUGUGAUAACACGGGAAAAGAUACGAUGGCAUGCAGGUUUGCAUUGACGCAAGCUGAGAAGGCAGCUAGAAUAACAGGUUUGAUACGGACCAUUCGGGGCCACGGGAUCCUUUUUGAAACCACGAAGCUCGGAGCGUUGACCUUGGAUCAAGCCAAGCCGAGAUCAACCGUCCCAAAUUUGCUGGACAUUUUUGCCAACCAGGCGAAUGAAACGAGCCCGAGGGAGAAAAUCGUUGUCUGGUUCAAGUGCACACGCAGCCUGUGAGGCCGGGUCAACGAUUAGCGGGUCGCACGCCAUAAAUACUCACGAGCGCCGCCUCACACGGAGCUUCAUGACGAUGUGUUGAUGUGUCGAUUCCCUCGCUUGGCGCGCCCCCUUCUUCUAAUGAGACUAAAGGGUUAAGCGCCUGUUUUGUUCGGUUCCCCUCUUCAGGCAGAGCCCUCACCGAUGAAGACCACCUGGUACUGUCCUGUAGAUCUGUCCACUGUGGUGGAGGAGCAGGACGAUGGGGUGGUCUACACGGUGGUGGUCAAGCAGCACCACGGUGCCCCCGGCAGCCUGACGUCGGUGGUUUCUCGCUCCCAGUGCUUGAAAGCGGGGACGGAAGAGAAGCUGGUGCUCCACCUCCUCCACUCCUUUUCUAUGGGCGACUCCUCCUUCAUCACCAUCUUCCUCUCCACCUAUCGAUCCUUCACCUCCACGGGCAGAGUGCUGGACAUCCUCACUGACAGAUUGGAGAAUCCGCCCGGGAACAGCGAGAGGAGCCAUAUGAGACAAUCUUUCAACAAAGCGGUGUGUUCGGUGUUCAGCAAUUGGCUCUCUGAGUAUCCCGAAGACUUUAAGUGUUUGGAGGAGCCCUCACACCUGCUGCGCCUGGUUCCCCUGCUCCCCAAGGACUCCUUGUCCGCGGUCGACCUCCGCGCUCGCCUCCUCCAGAUAGCCGAGGAGCUCAGCGAGAAAGCCCUGCUCCCUGACGCCCAUAAAGAUCGGACCGCUUUCACCUGCCCUCCUCCGGACGCCUCCAAGUUCGAAGCCACCAACAUCCUUGGAUUCCCUGCAGCGAUCAUCGCCGAGCAGCUCACCAGAAUAGAGACUGAGCUGUUUGUCCGUCUGGUCCCGUACCACUGCCUCGGCUCACUGUGGUCUCAGAGGGACAAGAAAGGGAGGGAGGGCGUUUGUUGGUCGGUCCGGGCCACCAUACGUCAGUUCAACAAGCUGGCCAAUGCAGUCUUAGCAUCCUGCCUUUGGCCCACCAAUCUGCGCAGCCAGCAGAGAGCCCGGCUGCUGGAGAAAUGGAUUAGCGUGGCCGAGGAGUGCCGUGCCAGGAAGAACUUCUCCUCGCUCUAUGCCAUCGUGUCUGCCCUGCAGAGUAAUCCCAUCCACCGGCUGAGGAAGACGUGGCAGGACACUGACAGGGAGGCAGUGAGGAGAUACGAGGAGCUGUCAGAAAUAUUCUCAGACAAGGACAACUACUCACAAAGCAGAGAACUCCUGAAGGAGGAGGGCACAUCAAAGUUCGCCAACCUUGACAACCGGCUCAACAGCAAACUUCUUAAUAGGUCCCACGCGCAGGGCACUGUGCCCUACAUGGGCAUCUUCCUCACCGACCUCACCAUGCUGGACACGGCGGUCAAAGACAGGCUGGAUAACGGCUACAUCAACUUUGACAAAAGGAGAAGGGAAUUUGAGGUUUUAGCUCAAAUCCGGCUCCUCCAGUCUUCCUGCAAAAACUGUGUUUUCACCGCCGACGGCGCCUUCGUACGCUGGUACCAGAGCGUGCCGACGCUCACGGAGGAGGAAAGUUACAGACUGUCCAAUGAAAUUGAAGCGCCGGGUGAGCCGAGUCCCCGUGGCCUUCCUCCAACAGUCAUCAUCACACAGUGCCCAGACCUGAGUACCUCUCGGACCAGCCUGACUGGUGACAGCGACAGCCUCUUCGACUUCCCCUCCCCUGUCAAUAACCUGCUCUCAAAACUCACAAAGCACAUGAGGUCUCCGUCCGUGUCCUGUCUGGAUGUCGACACGUCGACUUCAACCACCGAGUCCAGCCCCGCCACGCUGACUCCAUCCACCCCCGCCAAAUCACACCGCCGAUCCAUCUCCUGCGGCAACAACCCCCCCAAUAACAUCCAAGGGUCGGGGCCCGACAUGCGAAUCAUCAGGAUACGGAUGGACCUGCAGGACGGAAACCUGUACCGGAGCAUACUGGUGACGAGCAAUGACAAGACCCCCACUGUGAUCAGCUCGGCCUUAGAGAAGCACAGCCAGGACCCCAAACAGACGUCCAGAUACGAGCUGAUCCAACUUCUGCCUGAAGGAAAAGAACUGGUCAUCCCCGCGACGGGAAACGUCUUCUACGCCAUGUCGUCAUCUAGCGUUGACUUCCUGUUGAGGAGGAAAGACGGGAACACUCCGCUGGGCUCGCAGCCGAUCGAGACCAGCGCCACUUUUCCUCGGAUCAAGGCCAAGGGGAGGAGACUGGUCAGGACACUAUUCUGACGUCCAGCUUUGUCCACAGGGACGGAUUUAUUUCUCUCCUCAGUGAACGUGGCCUUCCACACAUGCCUUUACCCCGUGGCUCCUUACAAAGACCCAAAACACCAAAACCAGGACCAGGCUUUAACCGGCAACUCCAGAGCAGGAUUUGUCCCACGUUUCAUACCUCCAGCUGUCUGCUGCUGAAGCACAGUGUCAGUAGGCAUUACUCAUUUACACCCAAGAGGGAGAGCAAUGGAAGCCGUUGGUGCUGGCUCUCGAGUCCCAGUCAGAUGGCACUUGAUUUAUUUUCUUUCAUUCCUACUCGAUGACAAAGAUCUUUUUUUAAUUGCUCACAGCCGCCAUGAAAUCCCCGUACUGUUGUGUUGCUCAGUCGUGAGUGACGUUUCCAAAUGUUAAAUAAUUAAAUUGCAUUUAAUUGCUCAGACCUUCUGCGGUCGCCUGAGAUGCCGUUGGAGGUUGAAGAAGCGUAAUGAAAGGUCCUGGUUCUCACAGGAGGAAGGCCCAAAGACACCAUAGAGGAACACUGGAGCUCGUCAAAGGAGACAUAGAUAUGUUUUGUAUAUAUUUAUAUAUUUUGUACGUCUGUAUGAUGUCAACAUUGUGUUUACACUGGCGAGGAGCUCUGGGUCCACGUGUCCGAAUGGUCUAAUUCACGGGAGGAGGGGAAAGCAUCAAAUACCUGCAAGAUUUUCACUUUAAAGAGGCCAGCAUGUGUCUACAGGCAGUGAGAGUAAUUGUUUCUGCAUUUCAACAUAGUCUCAAAGCUGCAUUCAUCAAUCUGUUUCUAAUACCAAUUUAUUAAAUGACUAUUCGUAUUGUGAAAGGGGAUGCUUGUAUUGACUAACCACAAACAAAAACCUGCAGCUCAAUAGAGAUCGUUGGCUUUUGUUUAGCACUUUAAACUUCAUGGUUCAUUCUCACAGCUGUUAUCAACCCUGUUUCCACUCAGUGUGUGUGUGCUACAUGGCUAACAGCAGACACACAGUUAGCAUCUAGCUGGUGGAAAACAAGUCGAACAUAAAUCUUUUAAAGAUACAAAAUGUUUUCCUUAAAAUUUGCUAAAAACCAAAGUAGCUCCAAAGAGAGCUAUUAUUAUUAUUAUUAUUAUUAUUAUUAUUUUAUCAGACGGACAGAAAUACAACUUUACAAGCUGUCAUUCAGGUGGUUUUGGAGUUCUUCUGACCCCUAGAGGCCAAAGGUUGAUUAUUGCAGCUUUAAAAAUAUUCCCCUUGCAGCACGUUGCUUUGUUUCAGUUUGUCCCCUAAAAAUAAAGCUAAAACGUGAGGAAAAGAGAACGGAAAAUCAAAACAGUACACCAGCGUUUUUAGGUUGGAGUAUCAAACGUAUCAAAAGAGAAUGAGCCUAACUUAAAUCAUGCAGAUUACAGCUCCGCAGGAUACGUCUUCACUGUUUACAUACUUCCAAUUCUUCUGUUGUGCAUUAACAUGUCAACUUCAGUGUAGGUUUGAAACGCACAACCUCUUUUUCUUAUGGUUUUUUAAUCUGGGCUUUAUGCAAAAGUCUUGUGAGCUCUGGUUGCGUCCGCUCGGCGCUGGUGAGGCCUCCUCGCAGGCUGAGGCGCGAGCAUAGGGGAGGGGAUUCUGGGUAAUAAUAGAUGACGUGUGCUGGCGGUAUGCUAAGCUACUGAUUGUUUUUAGUGCCUUUUCUCAAACAGGAUGCACAUCUGCCCCCGUUUGCAUUAGAAUGUACACGGCGAACGUGGAGGAGGUCCACAUCAAAGCUCUUUAUGCACUACAUACAGUAUGUCCUAUUUGUGGUAAUAAAUUUACUUUUAUAUGAA